AUGCAGCAAUGUGUGAAACUUCGGCAAUUCUAUUAUCUCUUUUUCUUUCUCUCUCCGUGCAGAUGGGCGAACUACGUGAAAGGUGUGAUUCACCAUUUUGCCGUCGAGUCGAAACAGGAAGGUGAGCUGCCCGGUUUCAAUGCCGUGUUUGCCUCCAAUGUACCAGUGGGCGGCGGCUUGUCAUCCAGUGCCGCAGUCGAGGUGGCAACUUUGACGUUUAUGGAGCAGUUGACUGGCAAACAACUUGAAAACAACAAGAAACGCGCUUUAGUAUGUCAAGCCGCUGAGCACAAAUUCGCUGGUAUGCCCUGUGGUAUUAUGGACCAAAUGAUAUCCGUUGCGGGUCAAAAGGAUAAUGCACUGCUGCUGGAUUGUCGCUCACUGGAAACAUUCCAAAUACCAUUUCUUGGCGGCUCUGAGGAUUUGGUGGUUUUAAUUUGCAAUUCAGGUGUGCGCCACGAAUUGUCGAAGAGUGAAUAUCCGACAAGACGCAAACAAUGCGGCGAGGCACUCAAGCUAAUGGAAAAGACGAGCUACAGAGAUGCCACAGUGCAGAAUUUGUCAGUGUUAGAGUCAGAUCCGCUUCUAUUGCGUCGCGCUCGACAUGUCAUAACGGAAACGCAACGAACACAAGACGCGGCUGAAGCCUUAAAGGCACAUGACUUCACAAAGAUGGGCGCACUAAUGAAAGCGUCACAUACAUCACUACGUGACGAUUUCGAAGUAUCCUGCCGUGAAUUGGACGUCCUGGUCGAUGCGGCCAUUAAUUGUUCCGGUGUUUUGGGAUCACGUAUGACCGGCGGUGGCUUUGGCGGCUGCACCGUUACGCUGCUGCAACGCGUUGCGGUCGACAAUGUGAUUGCGACGAUGCGUACAAAUUUCACUAAAGAAUUCAAUAAAGACGCCGCUGAACGUUUGGAAUUCUACAUGUGUGUACCCAGCAAUGGGGCGAGACGUGUCGAUUUGUGAGACGACGCGCGGUGAUAAUAUGAGCAUUGCUGGAAGAAAGUUCUGUAAAUACGUAAAGUAGAAAAAUAAACAACAAUAACAAAGAUAUUAAUAAUAUAAAGAACUUGUACAAAGACA